AUGUCCCAUGCCCUCACCACCGAGAAGGAGGAGGUCAUGGGGCUUCUUCUCGGCGACAUCAAAAAAUCAGCACGAGGUGCCAUCGCCUUUGUUUCGCACGUGUCGGUGCUCACCAGAUCGGACAAGCGAAAGGACCGUGUAGAAAUCGAGCCGGCACAGCUCACGGCCGCCGCCGCCGAGGCCGAGCGUCUCUCGGUGCAACUGGGCAAGCAGAUCCGUGUGGUGGGCUGGUACCACUCCCACCCGCACAUCACCGUGCACCCGUCUCACGUUGACGUGCGAACGCAGGCCAUGUACCAGAUGAUGGACAGCGGCUUCAUCGGACUCAUCUUCUCCUGCUUCAACACAGAUGCCGAAAUGAACGGCCGAAUUCAAGUGAUAGCGUUCCAGUCGCUCGACCUCGGCCAGGCAGGCGGCCAGACGCAAGGCGCCGGGUACGAGCAGGUCAACAUCCCGCUGACCGUGGUCCCGCCGGACGCCAACGCGCCCAACACGCUCGUCAAGCUCGUCGAACUCCAGCAGAUCAUCGGCCAAGAGGACCGCGCCUCCUAUAACGAAGCCAUCGCCCCAGCACCCGGAGGUCGGGUGCAUCCGCUCAUGGAGGUGUACAGUGGAGCGGUCCACCAAAAAUCGGUGGCGCGGCUGCUCGAGUACGGAUCGCAGCCUCUCCUGCGACUCCUCCGCGAUCGCCAGGAGCAAAAUAAGCGACGCUUGGAGGAACUGCGAGCGGAAAAGGCGAGACUACUGGCACUGAAGAUCCAGGACAGCAUCAUGAAGGAGUAG